ACACUUUUUGUCAACCGAUUUAAUUUACGUUACUCGGUUUACAUCAUGGGCCAAGCAAAUUCACCUGACGAAUAACACGUGUCUACAAUUGACACCAACUAUUUCCGGGAAAAACUUUCCAGCCCUCUAUUAUAUAUAGAUAAACUCGGUGAAAUGGAUAAGGCAAUAUUGACAGACUCCUACGCUUUGAGUUAACAUGUAUUUCUCAGAAUUUGUAUACAUCUGGGUUUUACUACCUACACUGGCCACUUCGUCAAUGGCAUUAAUCAACACAAUCCCUGCUUGGCAAUCUCCAUGUGGAAAAACAAUGGUACAGUCAACCCUGUUAGAUAUUUUAGGACCUGUUCCAACACCCACGUUACCCAUUAAGGGUAUACUGCACAACGUCGUCAUUGAACUGAAAGAGACCGACGAAAAAGUUACAGAUAUUCAGAAAUAUUACAUCCAGAAUAAAUUUAUUGAUGCUGCUGAAGCUAAAGUUAUUCAAGGAGAAGAAAGGAACUUCCACCACAUCAUAGGCUUUCCUACUUAUCAACCUAUUCUGGAGAACGACACGAUCGAGGACGUUUUCUCUAGGGAUUAUCAAACCCUGUCAUCUGUUUUGGUUUUCUUAGAGCAAUCUAGCUGGGACGUCCAGACAGCAGGUGGUAACAGCCAAACUGUUUACCAAAUGUACAAAUCCACGAUUAGUAAAAUAUUGGGCAUUCUAUGCAAAUAUUACAACUCCAUGAAUAGCAGGAAUAUUUCAUAUGUAUCACGCUACAUAAUGCUUGAUGAAGAUCGAGAUAUAAAUAUGGAAACGAGACUAGUUCGAAAACGUGAUUUCAUCAUUAUGAAGGAUACCAGUGAGCUUCUGAAGAAAAUGAUUACCGAUUAUGCAUUGCUGAAGCAGACGACCCCGUGAGAGCUGACGUGAAAUUAUGAUUCCACAUGUAACAUAUCGAUUUAUGAUUGGUUGUUGAAGAUUGCAUUAUUUUCGGAAAGGGUUUUAAUUUAUUCUUUUUUAGCGCGUUAUAAUUUAUUUGUUUUAUUGAUUUAUUUAUUUACAAAAUAAAGAUAUACUUUUGUGUACUCUUUUAA